CUUAAAUCUUCCUGCUCUCUCUUUCACCCUCUCCAUUAUCCAUCUUUCUAAAAAUCAAUUUCUCUCUCGCUUCAUUUCGCGCUAAUUUCAAGUGAAUCUCAGCCAUGGGGAAAAGCUAUCCGACUGUCAGCCAAGAAUACCAGACGGCUAUCACAAAGGCGAGGAGGAAGAUGAGAGCUCUUGUUGCUGAGAAGCACUGCUCUCCUCUAAUGCUUCGUCUCGCAUGGCACUCAGCCGGAACGUUUGACGUUAAGACUAAAUCGGGUGGUCCGUUCGGCACAAUGAAGAACCCAGCAGAGCUCGCUCACGAGGCUAACAGAGGCCUUGAUAUCGCCGUUAAGCUUUUGGAACCGAUUAAAGAACAGGUGCCGAUCCUUUCUUACGCUGACUUCUAUCAGCUCGUCGGAGUUGUUGCCGUUGAAGUUACUGGUGGACCUGAGAUUCCGUUCCAUCCUGGCAGAGAGGACAAGCCUGAGCCACCUCCUGAAGGCCGUCUUCCCAAUGCCGCUAAGGGAUGUGACCAUUUAAGGGAUGUUUUCUACACGAUGGGUCUCAGUGACCAGGACAUCGUUGCUCUUUCUGGUGCUCAUACUCUGGGAAAAGCCCAUAAAGAUCGAUCUGGAUUUGAAGGUCAGUGGACAAAAAAUCAUCUUGUCUUCGACAACUCUUACUUCAAAGAAAUCUUAUCGGAUGACAAGCCAGAGCUUCUUAAGUUGCCAUCUGAUAAGGCGCUUCUGACUGAUCCUGUCUUCCGUCCCAUUGUUGAGAAAUAUGCUGCGGAUGAGGAUGCAUUUUUUGCUGAUUAUGCGGAAGCACAUUUGAAGCUCUCAGAGCUGGGAUUUGCGGAUGCUUAAAUUUUUCCAGAAGUUUCGAACGCAGAUGGCUAUCUCAAUAGUGUGCUUUUAAUUUCUCUGAAAUCGUAGGCGGCCGCUGGAGAGUUGCUUUGUUAUUGCGCUAUAAAGAAUGUGUGUGCGUGUGGCUUUCUUGGUCUUGCUCUUUCGGCAGUAUGUGAAUGCUAUAUAUUACUUACUACUUUACCUCUAGCUUUUCUCUCCUUUUCAUUUCCAGCAAUGGGGUUAGUUUGAAUCUUAUGAUGCAUCUAUCUUUUGUGCUCAUCAUCUCUUUGCUACUAUACAAAAAGGUAGCCGACCGAAAAAGGAAUUGUUUCUUAAAUAAA